GAAUAUGUUCGAUCUCCUCAAUAAACCAACCACGCUUGCCACGGCUAAUUCGCUCGCAGGCGCUUAAUUCUCUUGCAAAUAUCUCAGUCUCUUUCAUGGCUGGUCGUACUGCUAGCUGCCAGCAUGCUCUGCUCAGAGCUCUCCACGCCAAGCUGCUCGCCUAUGCGCCGCUGCCGCGGAAAACUUUCCCUUUCCUUCGCGCCUCCUCCUCCUCCACGGCCUUCGUCGCCGUCCUCGCCGCACUCCUCUGCGGCGCCGCUGCGUUCCCUGGAGCCCCGGCCUUCUUCCUGCCGCUCGUGGCCUCCACCUCCGCCUGCUGCGCUGCGGCGCACCUGUUCGCCGCCUCCGACGCGGACCGUGACGCGGCGAAGGAGGUCGUGCUCGUCCGCGGCGAGGGGAAGGCGGAGGCCGGGCUGCUGGCGGUGUACGACGACGCCAACGCGAGCGCGUACGGCCAGGGCGAAAGGCACGGCGUCCAGGUGGGCUGCUUCCUGCGCAAGUCGGCGAAGCGCGGCGUCGACGAGGACGGCGAGGAGGUCGUCUUCGCCGGUAGGCUGCUGACGUCUGCCACCGCCGCCGGCCUGCAGCGCGGCGAGCUCGAGGAGGAGCUCGUGGCGCUGCAGGUGGACAGGCUGUCCGAAGGCAUGUGGAACAGCUACUUCGGCGGGUGGUCGACGUGGAACUACGUCGAAGAGUGACGACGAACUAGGAGGGCAGCACUCGUGCAGUUGAGCUGAGCUGAUGCGAGUUAGGUUCCGUUCGCAAGGUUGGAAUUUUUUUCUAUAUUCCUACGGGAAUUGAACUACUUAUGUGAAA